AUGACAGUUUUCAAGAAGUCGAGCCCCAACUGUAAGGUGACGGUGUACCUGGGAAAGAGGGACUUCGUGGACCACCUGGACCACGUGGACCCAGUAGAUGGCGUGAUCCUGGUCGACCCCGAGUACCUGAAGGACCGGAAAGUCUUCGUCACGCUCACCUGUGCGUUUCGAUAUGGCCGAGAAGACCUGGACGUCCUGGGUCUGUCCUUCAGGAAGGACCUGUACAUCUCCACCUUCCAGGCGUUCCCUCCGGUGCCUGAAGAGAAGAAACCCAACAGCCGUCUUCAGGAGCGUCUCCUAAAGAAACUCGGCCAGCAAGCUCACCCGUUCUACUUCACGAUUCCUCAGAACCUCCCGUGUUCAGUCACCCUGCAGCCCGGACCAGAGGACACUGGCAAGGCCUGUGGCGUUGACUUUGAGAUCAGAGCUUUCUGUGCCAAGUCAAUAGAAGAGAAGAUCCACAAGAGAAACUCGGUGCGUCUGGUCAUCAGGAAGGUUCAGUACGCCCCAGAGAAGCCGGGUCCUCAGCCGAUGGUGGAGACCACUCGCAGCUUCCUGAUGUCUGACCGAUCCCUCCACCUGGAGGCCUCUCUGGACAAGGAGGUGCACACACAAGCACACACUCACACACUCACACACUCACACACACUCACACACUCACACUGUCCAGUGGCCCAGCUGGAGGCCGAUGACCAGGUGUCGUCCAGCUCCACCUUCUGCAAGGUGUACACUCUGACCCCCACGCUCGACAAGAACCGCGAGAAGAGGGGCCUCGCUCUGGACGGCAAGCUGAAGCACGAGGACACCAACCUGGCCUCCUCCACCAUUGUGAAGGACGUCACCAACAAGGAGGUUCUGGGGAUUCUGGUGUCCUACAGAGUCAAAGUCAAGCUGGUGAUCUCACGUGGAGGGCUGCUGAGAGGCAUGUUGGACAGAGACGUAUCGGUGGAGCUGCCCUUCAUCCUGAUGCACCCCAAACCGGUGGAGCCGCCGCUGUCCCGCCCAGACUCAGCUGUUCCAGAGAUGGACCCCCCCAUCGACACCAAUUUGAUAGAGUUUGACACAAACAGCGUCUCCCAGGACGACGACUUCGUCUUCGAGGACUUCGCCCGUCUGCGGCUCAAAGGUGCCGUGGACGACAAGGACGAGGACUGCUAGGAGCCACACACACACGUUACUUUCCCCCGGUGGAUGAGGGAUGUUUGGACAGAGGCUGAGCGGGGUGUUCUUCCUCUCUUGCUUCAGUCAUUUCAACUUCCCGUCUUCUUCUCCUCCGUCUGUCUCUGUUUCCGUUUGUUUUUCCCGCCGCAGGAUGAAACUAAAUGUUGAGCCGCUGCAGGACAGAAGGAAUGUUUGAAUGUGUAGGGCAGCAGCACUCGUACGCUUUUACUUUGAAAAUCUUUUUUUAAUUUAUUUUCUUUUGAAUUGCGCGUUGUACAAACAGAAUAUAUAUUUGAAACACAAAGAAAGAGAAAAAAAAGAAUCUUCUACGAGCAGUUUGUGGUUAUGUUUAAAGUAAAUACUGUCGAUGCUUUUUACUGUGCGGGGAGGACACACACAGACACACACACACACAGACACACACAGACACACACAUUUCACCAGCAUCCGCUCUCUGAACCCUGUCGGCCAUCUUGUAAAAACAGUUGUUGUCCUUGUUUUAUUUUGAAAUUCCAGCGUUAAGCAACUUUAGUUUAAAAAAUCUGUUAGUUUAAACUUAUUAAAACAACUUUAUAUAUUUAUAAAUAUAUUUAUAAAUAUUUAUGUAUUGAUAAAUAUAUCUAUAAAUAAAUAUUAAUGUAUUAUAUUUAUAUAUAAAAUAUUUUUUGUUUUACCCGGUUCCGUUUCCAUGCCGACCAGUGAAAGUGGGUCUGAGGUGCUUCAACAGUCCGUUUCUAGAACCGACCAAUCAGAGCGGCUGGUUGGACCCAGCUGGUUAGAGGUGCUGCUGGUUCUUCUCUCAUGAUUUGACCCACAAUGCACUUUGAAUGUUCAUUUGUUUUACUGUAAACAUCUUGCCUUCUUCAUCUCACUGUUGCCAUGGAGACAAAAUAGUUUCAGCUCUGACUAAAAGAACAGAAUUUACAGCAAUUACAAAGUAAAUGUUUUGUUUUGAGAUUUAUUUUGCCAAAUAACACCAAACUAUAUAAGUGUUAAUAAAAUGUCACUUUAUUCUGAAGUCAAAAUGAUAUAAAAAGCUUAAUAUCAGGAGAUAAGUCAAAUAAUUUUGGAACAUUUGAGCACAAGUAAUAAUGAAAACUUGAGUUGAACUUACGUCUUUCUACUAAAUGUCUAAGUUUAUUCAUUGAAUCUUAUUUUGUAAUUUCCUGAUUAACUUUAUUGUAAAAUUACAACAUGGUUUAGUUUUUUCUAACCCAAAUAAUUUCACUUUACUCAAACAUAUAAAGAUGUUUCUCAAUCUUAUAAUUUUGCAACAGAGACUUUUAUUCUCUACAGUACAUGUUUAAAUCAUCUUUGUCCCAGACGGCCUUCAAAAUAAAACUACUGAAUAUCACGACCGUCUGCCUCCUUGCGUGUCACGUGAGUUGAUCCCUCGUUUUGCCUUUCCCUAAAUCUCGAGAUCAUUUCUCACUUGUGAUUUUGUGCGAAGCAGCCAGAAACUUUAAAAUCAGCCCAAAUAUAAAAGUGCCAUAAAGUAAAUGAGAGAUUCUCCAAACCAGCAGCACCAUGUUCCCUCCUCCUCCUCUCUAUCUUCCUCAUCCUAACGGGGACUUGAAGGACGUUUCUUCUUCUCUGAACCCAGUUCCUCUUUACUGGACGACCCGCAGACGACCUUUUGAUGUUUGCUUAUUUCAGAAAAGCAAAGAAAGACUUUGACCUUUUGUUUCCUUCUUCAAACUGCCAAACGUCCUCUUCCUCGUAGCGACGCCAUUGAAGACGCAGAAGAAGCAUGUUUCCUGUUUCCUGUGUUUCUCUUCGUGCAUUUGUGGGGUAACUUUAGCUAAGUGUGAAAUAUAUUUUGACAAGUGCCACGCCCCUCUGCUAACGUCUGAGAACCAGGAAGUGGUUCUGCUGGUGGGACGAACAUGACGGUUAUGCUUCUAGGAUUAUGGUGACUUUAUUAUGACUGUAUCCUCGUGACCAUGAUUCAUCUUAAGAGUCUAUUGUUUUACAUGUUUUUUAUUUUGAGAUUUUUAUUUGAGUUUUCUUUUUAUUAUUAAAGGUAAAAAUGAACUAACAGCCGGCGGGUCGUUAUUGUUCACGUCUCAAAGAAAAUAAUUUAAUUAAAUGAUGAAACAUA